AUGUCUGAGACAAGCAAACUUUGGACGUUGGAUCAAUUGCUACGACAGCGUGCUAUCGAUGAAGACCAGACACCCCUCAUUGCAUUUCCAAGGACGAGACAAGGCUACACCGAUUACGAGCCGGUAACUGGCGCGACUUUGAAUCGCUUUGUAGAUGGUACGGCGAAAUGUCUUAUAGAAAAAGGGUUCCAGCCAGUGAGAGAGGAAGUCGUCAUUGGCAUAUGCUCGCCUACCGAUCUUGACUAUAUUGUGAAUAUAUUUGGACUGAUCAGAUUGGGCUAUACUGUAUUUCAGCUCUCUCCUCGCCUCCCACCUAGUGCUGUCAAAGAACUCUUAGCCAAGAUACAAAAUGGCCGUCGUGCAUUACUAUACACUCCAGCACAUACGUCAUUCAAGCUUGAUGCUCUUAGUGAUUUAGAGCUGUUCCCGCUAGUGCAGCGUGAUGAGUACGAUAAUUCCAGACACUCCGAAACUCCAGAAUUCCUCCUCGAGGGAGUCGACUACGAAAAGGAGCACUCUCGACGAUGUCUCAUCCUUCACAGUUCCGGUUCCACGGGUCUCCCGAAACCCAUUGAUUACAAUCACCAAAAGUUGCUUGCGGCAGGUGUAUACGCUCAAGACGCUACGGCGUUUAUAAGUAUGCCAUUUUCGCAUGCUCUUGGAAUGAUGUCGUAUAUGCAAGCAAUUCACAAACGCGGAACUAUCUACGCAAUGAGCGGUUACGUGCCGCAGACUCAUGAUACUGUCACAGCUGCCGUCAAAGCAGCCAACCCUGAGAUCAUGUGGACAGUUCCAUAUAUUUUAAAACUACUAGCUGAGAAGCCCGAUGGAAUUGAUGCUAUCAAGAAUUGUCGAUUUGUGAGCAGUGGAGGAAGUAAGCUGCCUGAUGAGCUUGGUGACAUGCUAACAGAAGCCGGUGUACACAUUGGAAUGCAAUUUGGAUCAACCGAAACUGGUCUCAUCCUCAGCUCAGCAUAUAGAGACCGUGAAGACAAAGCAUGGAAUUAUCUUCGACCACCAGCACACGUUGUGCCAUACAUAAUGUUCAAGCCGGUCGACCAUGACAAAUACGAAUGCGUCGUCCUUGAUGGCCACAAAGGCAAGACGAUGUCGAAUUCGGAUGAUCCACCUAAUUCAUGGCGAACAAGCGACCUUUUUGUACCCCAUCCAUCUCUUCCCAAUGCAUGGAAAUUUGUUGGUAGGUUGGAUGACCGUAUCACGCUCAUCAACGGUGAGAAGGUAUUACCACUCAGCAUUGAAGCCCGGAUUAAACAAAGUCCACUCGUUAGAGAAGCUGUCGUUUUCGGUAUCGGCCGUGAGGUCCCUGGGUUGUUACUUUUCCGGGAGCUAGGCACGAGCCACUUGGACGACAAGGAGUUUCUCAACCAGGUUUGGCCGACUAUUGAAUAUGCGAACAGCCAUUCGGAAUCGUUCUCUCAAAUCAACAGAGAAAUGGUGACAAUUCUUCCGAUGGAUGUCGAAUGCCCUUUAACCGACAAAAACUCUAUUAAGCGUGGACUCAUUUACGAGCAGUUCGCUGAUCUCAUAGAUUCUAUCUACGCAGCUGCUGAGAGUUCCAACAAAGUACAGUCUCUUCAACUCACAAUACUAGAGCUCGAAAACUGGAUUCUUGAGCAUGUUCGGGCUCGGGGUUAUGAGAUUGAGGAUGUUACUACAGACUUCUUCACAGCUGGUAUGGACAGUCUUCAGGCAAUUCAUCUUCGGGGUGUAAUAAUAAAGAAUCUUGACCUUGGGGGCCGUGAGUCGGAAUGUACAUCUAUGAUAGUGUUUGACUGCGGAAACACCCAGCGGCUUGCCAGGAGACUACAUGCAAUUCGCACAGGCGACAAUUGUGAAGAUGAGAAGGACAUGGCGAUUCAUACCAUGAAACUAUUUAUUGAGAAGUAUGGUACUUUUGCCGAAUACAAGAGAAAUGUGAAUAGAACGCUACCUACGUCUCUAAAUGGCGACCAUGUUGUUAUCUUAACCGGUGUCACCGGGUUCUUGGGAGCUCAUAUACUUGCCGCGCUGGUCGCAUCAAGCAGCGUUAGCAAAGUGUAUGCUUUCAUGCGGCCUAACAGCGAGGCGAAGCAGACCCCAUUAGUUCGUCUAGAGAGAUCAUUACAGGCGAAGGGGUUUAGCAUUUCUCUAAAUAAAGUCAUACCACUUUAUGCAGAUAUCACAGAAGAAAACUUCGGUCUCAAAACUGCAGAAAUGUACAAAACAAUGAAAUUACUGGUCACCCACGUCAUUCACUGCGCUUGGGCAGUGAACUUUGCAAUUCAGCUUACUGCGUUUGAACCACAACUUCUUGGUUUGCACAACUUGUUGGCCUUCGGUUUAGAGUCUGACCGAAAUGCGCGCGUAUUAUUCUGCUCCUCGAUAGGAACGGCUCAAGCGACUCCGGGCACCGCAACCAUCGCUUCAGCAAUGCUCCCGUCAUUUGACAGCUGCUCCUCAAUGGGGUACUCACAAUCAAAACUUGUUGGUGAGCACAUCGUUGAAUCAGCCACUAAGAAUGGAGCAAAUGCAACCGUGCUGCGUAUUGGCCAGAUCAUCCCAGGACGACGUCGCGGAAGUAAACUCUGGAAUCCAUCUGAAGCAACUCCACUUAUGAUCCGAUCCGCAAGCAAAGAUUCUACCGGAGCAUUACCGAUCCUUGAUACUGGUCGCGACACCUGUGACUGGAUAGAGGCUGAUACGCUGGCCGACACAAUUCUGCAGCUCGCUGGAAUUGACCACGAAGUGGACUCUACAGAGCUUGUGUACAACCUUGUCAAUCCGCGCGUUUUCUCAUGGAAGGAUGAUCUUUUGCCAUCUCUGCAUCGUGCUGGACUAAAGUUUGAUACCAUCCCGUGGCAGGAAUGGCUUGACCGGCUUGAAGCAAGUAAAGAGGAUGCCAACACUAACCCCAGCAGAAAGCUACUUGGAUUCUGGCGUAAACAAACGCAUAGGGAUGGUGCUCUUAUUUUCGACACAGCGCCUGCCGAAGCUGCCAGCCCGGCUUUGAGAGAAUCGCUGCGAGUUGUGGAUGAUAACCUUGUCGGGCAGAUUAUCGAAACUUGGAAAAAACAUGAGACUGCAGCGAAAGCCCACUGA